AACAAGAUGGCGACUGAGACAGUGGAGCUUCACAAGCUGAAGCUUGCUGAACUAAAGCAGGAGUGUCUUGCUCGUGGUUUGGAGACCAAGGGAAUAAAACAAGAUCUCAUCAACAGGCUCCAGGCAUAUCUUGAAGAGCAUGCUGAAGAGGAGGCAAAUGAAGAAGAGGUACUGGGAGAUGAAACAGAGGAAGAAGAACCAAAGACCUUAGAACUGCCUGUCAAAGAGGAAGAACCUCCUGAAAAAACUGUUGAUGUGGCAGCAGAGAAAAAAGUGGUAAAAAUUACAUCUGAAAUACCACAGACUGAGAGGAUGCAGAAGAGAGAUGAACGAUUCAAUGUACCUGUGAGUUUAGAGAGUAAGAAAGCUGCCCGGGCAACUAGAUUUGGGAUUUCUCCAGUUCCAUCAAAAGGUCUGUCGUCUGACACCAGGCCUAUGGUUAACCUGGAUAAGCUAAAAGAAAGAGCUCAAAGGUUUGGUUUGAGUGUCUCUUCAAUCUCCAGAAAGUCGGAGGAUGACGAAAAGCUGAAAAAGAGGAAGGAGAGAUUUGGGAUUGUCACAAGUUCAGCUGGAACAGGAACCACAGAGGAUACAGAGGCAAAGCAGAGGCAAAGAGCAGAGCGCUGUGGAAUUGCCUGAUGAAAAGCUUUUAAUGCUUUCUGUUCUCCGG